AUGAGCUCAAGCGCCGUGUUGGUUAUACUGCUGGUGACAAUGCUGGAAGUGUGUGCGUGCUCUGAUCUACAGAGAUGCACUGCUGCCUACAAACUAGUAGCGUUCUCGGCAGGGAGAUCAAACGAUCUUGACCAGACGGGGAAAGGCAACGCUGUGGUUGUCUACGACACCGUCUUUCUGAACGAUGGCAACGGUUAUAAUAAAGACACGGGGAAAUUCACUUCACCGACCUCAGGGGUCUACGUCUUCCAUUACCAUAGUCUCAGCCAAAACAACAAGCCCGUAUUUGUCAGAUUGAACCACAAUGGCCAAAUAAAGAAUACUGGGUACGGUAAACCUUCUACGGGGCAUGCGACAGGCAGUAAUACUAUUGCUUUGCGGCUGGCAGAGGAAGACGAGGUGUGGAUUGAUUUAGUUGGCGGCCACGCCCUUCACAACCAUCCUGGGGAGUUCCACAGCACGUUCACCGGUUACCAGCUCUAUCCAGACAACAGCAGCAUUAACACCGUGGCUUUCCAUUGA